UGGCGGGGAGGUGGAGCGAGGGGACGGUGUCCGCCUCCGGUUCCUCCCUGCCGUUUUGUAGAGGAGUCUGAACCGGGACGAAACACGCCGAGACCGACAGACACAAAGCCGGGGGGUCCACGCUGGCGCUGGAGGCGAGCCCCGGCGGCCGCGAGCGAGCCCGAGGCGCGGCAGGGCGCGGGGCGCGGGGGCGCUAGCGGGCUGGGCGGCGGGCGCGGGCGGAGCGCGGGCAGCGCCCCCGAGCCGGGGCCGGACACCUCGGCCGCUCGGGCCGCGGCAGCGGGGACCAUGCCGAGGAAAGUGUCCUGAGCCCGGCCACUUCGACCCUCCCCGCCCCCACCCGGGCUGCCCCUCCGAGCGGCCCUGCCCAUGUGCCGCCGGCCGGCCGCGCUCUCCUCGCAGGCGGAUGGGUGACCUCUCCCUGGCCCGGGCAGGCUGCGCGAGGCGGCGGAGCAGGCGAUGAAGCAGCAGCGGCAUCCCGGCGGCGGCGCGGAUCCCUGGCCCCAUGGGGCCGCUCUGGGGGGCGCCCCUCCGGGCCUGGGCAGCUGGAAGCGCCGGGUCUCCCUGCUGCCUUUCCUGCGCUUCUCCCUCCGGGACUACGGUUUCUGCAUGGCCACCCUGCUGGUCUUCUGCCUGGGCUCCCUCUUCUAUCAGCUCAGCGGGGGACCCCCUCGCUUCCUGCUCGACCUGCGGCAGUAUCUGGGAAAUUCCACUUACUUGGAUGACCAUGGGCCACCUCCUAGUAAGGUGCUGCCUUUCCCAAGCCAGGUGGUGUACAACAGAGUGGGCAAGUGUGGGAGCCGGACUGUGGUCUUGCUCCUGAGAAUCUUAUCAGAGAAGCACGGAUUCAAUUUGGUCACGUCAGACAUUCACAACAAAACCAGGCUUACUAAAAAUGAACAAAUGGAACUGAUUAAAAAUAUAAGUACUGCAGAACAGCCCUAUUUAUUCACUCGACAUGUUCAUUUCCUCAACUUCUCAAGGUUUGGAGGAGACCAGCCUGUCUACAUCAACAUCAUUAGAGACCCCGUCAACCGGUUUUUAUCUAACUAUUUUUUCCGUCGAUUUGGAGACUGGAGAGGGGAACAGAAUCACAUGAUCCGCACCCCCAGCAUGAGGCAGGAAGAGCGCUACCUGGAUAUCAAUGAGUGUAUUCUUGAAAACUAUCCUGAGUGUUCCAACCCCAGAUUAUUUUACAUCAUCCCGUAUUUCUGUGGACAGCAUCCCAGAUGCAGGGAGCCUGGUGAGUGGGCCCUUGAGCGAGCGAAGCUGAACGUGAAUGAGAACUUCCUGCUCGUGGGGAUUCUUGAGGAGCUGGAAGAUGUGCUGCUUUUACUGGAAAGAUUUUUACCUCAUUACUUCAAGGGUGUGCUCAGCAUCUACAAAGACCCAGAGCAUAGGAAACUUGGAAAUAUGACUGUGACCAUCAAGAAGACUGUCCCCUCUCCCGAGGCUGUGCAGAUUCUCUACCAGCGAAUGAGAUAUGAGUACGAGUUCUACCACUACGUCAAAGAGCAGUUCCACCUUCUGAAGCGCAAGUUUGGAUUGAAGUCCCAUGUCAGCAAGCCCCCUCUGAGACCCCAGUUCUUUGUUCCCACACCACUGGAAACAGAGGAGCCCAUUGAUGAUGAGGAACAAGAUGACGAGAAGUGGCUAGAAGAUAUUUAUAAGAGGUGAUGCCAACACCGUGUUACCUCCAAUGGCUUUAUCUCCAUUUUCCAGAAAGUUUUUUAUUUGGGGAAGAAAAAUCCUUAAGGGACUAAAUUAAUGCUCAGCUGCAUUAAAAAGAACAAAACAUUCCCACAUGUUGGGGUUGUUGGGAGAUGCCCGGUUUUGCGGGUUUUCUUUAGUUUUAUUCUGUGUUUUUCCUGGCUCUUUGGGUCCUGCCCAGGUGUACCAGAUGGCUCUAUCAUAAGGCAUCUCAUCAUAAAAUAGCUUUUUCCCUCUAGUAUAAUGAGGAAAGGGGAGAAAUACAGCCCAUAGACCAAUAACUUAUCAUUUGUAAAAUGACUUGUAAAAAUAUUACCUCAGUGGUAGGAAACAACCCGACUUGCAUAUUUUGGUAAAAAUACAAAAUCACAUCAGAGAGCAGGGUAUCUAUUCUAGAAGGAUCUAAGAGGAAAAGAUAAAACAGAUAAGAAUAUCAAAAGGGAGGAUGUCCCUGGAUGAAUGGUUUCUACCCAAAUGGGUAGAAUUCUGCCUCCAGUCUAUUUCGGAGGGCUCUUUGACUAAGAGCAGCAUACUUACCUCUGAAAGAGGGGGGGUUGCCACACCCCCAACCACCGCAGAGCCUUGAGUACCUUUCAAGGUCAAAGGGCAUGGCAAGCUCCAUUGUGAUAUUCCAUUUCCAAGCACCUUCUGACAGAUAUCGAAGUAGCAUAGCAGGGAAAAGAAUUUGUUUGCUGUGUAAGGAAGAAUUUAGGCAAGACAGACUCCACAACUCUGGAGGUCACGUGACAUCAGGAAAAUGGCGUAGUCAUGUUAUUUACCUCCAAUAUGAAACACCUCUCUCCCCAGCAUUGCUUUAACUGGAGACUCAAGAGCCAAUACAGCUCUGGCAUUUGGCUCCUGCAGCAGAGUUCUAAGCCUGCAUACAGACAGUGCAUAAUCUGUCAGGCACAUCGCUGGCCAAGUAUCUGGUAUCUUUCACCUUCUAGUCCCUUAAGUGAUACCUGGUUUUGGUAAAAGAAGUACUGAGCUCUGUGCAGGCAGGAGUGAUACAACCAUCGCAUUUCCUAAGGGAGCAGUUGACUCCUGAGAAUACUUACUAGGACAUCAAGAAGAGAAGAAGCAAGAGCUUCUGGGUAAGAGACUGCUUGGCUGGCUUUAUGAGCAGUGCCUGCCCCCAGCAUGAUUUCAGCAGGUGUUGGGCAGUUCCAUUGUUCCAAAUAUCUCUUUGCCCCAUCAUCUCCCACCUACCCAUGAUGCCUUGGUUCUUUGGAUUCUGAAAUGUUUUAAUCUUUAACUACCACCUCCCACCCCUGAAAAUAAAUACAUCUAUUCCUGGGUGGAUAAUAUAGAGCUAGCUAAGCAAGGGUGCAGGUUCUGGUGGCAGGCAGGAUGUGUGACAAACUUUGUCUCCUCUGUGGUUUUCCCCCUAGAGCUUGCCCUUCAAGAGCACUAGCAAAGUGUGAGUUGGGAAUACUUCAUAGUAAAUAAGACUCUGACUUUACACAAGCUACACAUUUUCUGCUUUUCAGAAAACAACAAGUCUCUCUAGAGUUUUUUCUUCGUUCACUAAAAUUGGACAGUAGCCAAGACAUAAAGCAAGUCAUUUGGAACCUGUCGAGUGUGCACUAAAGCUACUUUAUCAUGAGAUGUAUUAAGAAGGCUCCACCCGGCAGGAGUCCAGUGAAGGCUGGCACCACAGAGAUACAAAGUCCAGCAUUUGGCCACUGGUGGGCCUCCUUUCUGCCUCAGAGAACUGGGGCAGGGAAGUGAUUAAGGGAAAUGUUCUUAGAAGAGGAAAUAUCCUUUGUCCUGUUUAGAGAAACCAGGGCCCUACCAUUAGGUAUACCUUAAAAAGUCACCCAGAAAACAGCUACCAUAUUCAAAACAAAGACAAGAAUGGAUGCCUGGUACAUUGUGAGUCAUUUCUAUGAAAUUGUGUAUAAGAAUAAUAAUUAAUUUACACACUGUACAAUCUCCCCGUCUGAAAAUUAAGUUGAAUUGCUUAAGUGUUCUCUGCUGUUGUCAGAAUAUCAGGACAAUUGAUCAUUUUUAAAACUGCAUCUUAGUGGAAGUUCACAUGAGCAAUUCUACCCGCCUGUACAAAGGCAUUUAUUGUCAGCAAUGAUCAUAGGAACAUCAUAACAAAAAAUGCCAACUGAUCCAUUUGUAGGGCCUUAAUGUUUUUUUGUCCCAACAAAUAGCUUCUAAGUCCUAAUAGUCAAUGCACUUCAUCAGUUUAUUUGGCACACAUGACAACAUUUCUUUGGCCCUGAGCCCAACACAGUUUGUACUUCAUGAAAUAUAUUGUACAUUUUACAUAGUUUAAUUUAAAAAAUACAUUUUAAGCUGGUUGAUCUUUGACUGCCUUAUUUAUUAUAACCUUUCAGCACAUUCCAAGGUUUUAGUUACUCAGGAAGGAGUUAAUUAAAAUGAUUUUAUUUUGGUCUGAUGGAUGUUUUUUAAAAGGAAAAUUAUUAUUAUGAACCUUCAGCCUACUUUCCUUGAGUGCCGUAAAAAUGCUUGUAAAUCUUUUCUUUUUUAAGAAGAAAGAAAAAAAUAGUGUUUGACAUUGAUGGAAAUUCAAAAACAUAUAUGGAACUGAAACAUUAGCUUAGCUAAAAUAAAAGCAAUCUGUGUUUGA